GUCGGUUCUAUUCCCAUAAAACGUUCUUAACUCUCUGGCCGGAAAUCUCAAAUCAGACAAAACUAAGAGAUGGAAAGGUCUCUCUCUCUCUCUCUCUCUCUCUCUCUCUCUCUCUCUCUCUCUCUCUCUCUCUCUCUCUCUCUCUCUCUCUCUCGCUCUCUCUCACCACCCCCACCCCCUUUCUCUCUCUCCCACUACAAAGCAAACCUGUAAUUCUGAUAUGCUCAGAAACCAGAAACCACCCCAGCUCAUGCCAUGGAGGUGGAAGGUUCUUUUUGUUUAGCUUUCUCAGGCGUUGUCAGUUCUUUCCUGUCUCUGAUUUUUUUCCUCCUGGACGUAGUGCUGGACCUGUGGGCCGUCGAGUGCCUUUAUGAAAAAGAAAAAUACUUCUCCAUAGGAUUGUUGAUAUUCUUUCUGCUCGGUUCUUCGGUUCUGAUGCAGAUCUUUAGCUGGAUCUGGUACUCUGAUCCCGACAAAACUGCUCCAGAGACCAAAGUAGAGAGUUUCAUUAGGAGACACAAUUUACUAGGUCUGGUUCAUAUCUUCCAGCUCGGAGUCUUACUCAGGAUUGCAGCCGUUAUCGAGAUCUCGAUUUGCAGAUUUAAACGACGAGACCUUUGUCCGACGACGAACCUCAUACACAUAAAACACAACCUCAAAAUGCUGUUACUGUUUGAGGCGUUCUCUGAAAACGUGCCACAGCUUGUCCUGUUGACGCCGUUCAUCGUGGAGAUGCAGGAGAUUCAGGUCUUCACAGUCCUUAAAAUCACCAGCCUCUCCUACACCGUGUUGUCUUACCAUCGCAAAAUGCGUGAGUUCCUCGCUGACAAACAUAAGAUGGGAUGGUCUUCCUCUGUCUUCUACUUCCUGUGGAACUCGUUCCUGAUUGGCCCGCGUGUAGUGAGCGUGACCCUCUUCGCAUCAGAACUGCCCUGCUACAUCGCCGCUCACUUCCUGUCCCUGUGGACGUUGCUGGUCCUCUGGGCCUGGUGGCAGAAGACAGACUUCAUGGACAGUAAAGCUGGAGAAUGGCUGUACCGAGCCACUGUAGGCAUCAUCUGGUACUUCAGCUGGUUUAAAGUUAUGGUUAAAAAAAAUAAAGUAGCACCUGGAAGCACCAAACACAAAGCAGUCAUCUAUCACGUGGUCAUGGGGAUGGACACCAUGCUGCUGUUAGCAUUAUGGUGGUGGAAGAGAUCUGUGGAAUCGGCUCGUCUUUGUCCACUACCUAUUGAUCCCAACCUGCUUAUCACCUUGUUAGUGACCAUCUACAUUAUAGGAGUCCUACUGAAACUGGUUUAUUACUGGAAAUUUCAUCCUAAACAUGCAGAUUUACACAUAAAUAAGAACGAUCUGAAGUUGCAGAUGAAAUCAGAGGGUGAUGCAGAACAUCAUGAUGUUGUAGAGACAGACUCGAGGGAGAUCCCUGAUCCUGAACCUUAAAGGUGGGGUCUCCGAUGUUUGAAAGCCAAUGUUGACAUAUAAAAUCCCCAAAACAAACACGCCCCUAACCCAAACGGGUCCCACCCCUGUAUCGAUAGCUCCGCCCACA